CUGCCCGUCAGUACGGACACCGCAGACAGUUGGUCCGUGAGCCCGCACACAGACAGCACAGACAGCCAUGAGCACGGCGUUUUCCUGACGGCCUCCAUUCACAUCCAGAGCGCAUCUGCAGCUGAAAUCUGUGCGAUCUGUCCGUUCAGAGCGAGGAGGAGGGGAGGGAUGUUGAGCACUGCAGCAGACAUGCCGGGCCCGCUCCACAUCACUCUGAUUGCUCUUCUGGCCAGCUGUGAUGCCUUCAGACUGGGUUCCUCCCAGCGUGCCAUCCCCCUCAGUCCUCCGGUGGCCCGUCUUUUCCAGGAUGAAAGCCCAGCCCAGCCACAGUCCAUCCAGGAAUUAGUCAGAACCAAGCGCCACUCAGUCCAGGAGUUAGUGCGAGCCCAGCCUCAUUUGGUUCACGACAUGGGCUGGCCAGAGAUACACGAAACAUCCCGUUCCCAGGCCAAGAUGGACUCUGCCAACUCCUCUCAGUUAAACCCCCCAUCAUCUGCCAGUCAGGGUGUAGCCAGGGCCCACGCUGCUGUGGAUGAAAACGUAGAUGUGGAAGACGAGAUGGAGCGUAUGGUUCAUCUGGCAGUUCCCCAGGAUGCAGAAAGCUACAGGGGCCACCCAGCGUCCACUGACCCAGAGAAGGAGCUCCUCGGUGGGCCAGGAGCUGGCGAUGCCUCCCUGGAGGCCUCAGGCUUCUAUGGGACCGACAUGGAGGACAGAGACAGAGGAGAGGAGGGGGGAGAGGACCGAGAGAGACGAGGGGGAGAGGACGAAUGGGAGAGAGACGCAGGGGAGGACAAAGAGAGGACAGAGGGGGGUGGCAAGGGAGAGGAAGAAGAGAGGGGAGGAAGAAGAGGCCACAUCCUGGAGGCGUUAGAGGCCAACCACACAACCCCAGAUCUGGACUCUCUGAUUGGCUACAGUCCAUCCUUCCACCUCUCCAGCUCACAGCAGCCCGGCAUCUCCCUCCCAACCGAGGUACACGAUCCUGGGCUGCAGGAGCAUCGUGCAUCGCCGGUCCUGGAGGUGGGUCCCUUAGAGAGAGAGCUGUGGGAGGCAGAGGGGGAGGAAGAUGGUCGUUCCAGUGGCGAUGGAGUCCUUCACUCCUCCGUCACUGCAACCAGCGCUGCAUCUACUGCCGCUUCCACUUCCACUGCUGCGGGAGGAGACCCUGUGGGAACUGCCACCCCUGAGACGGACACAGGCACAGACUUUGGACUGCUGGGAAGUUACACAAAAGGUACACCGAAUGAAAAAUAAAUGGAGAGGGAGGAGGAGGAGGAGGAGGAGGAGGAGGAGGAGGAAGAAGAAACUGGUCUGGCGCGCAAAGGCGUAUUUACCCAGAAUCCCACUGUACCAGAGGUUGGCAUGGCUCCCAGCAGAGAGCCCCUGCAGCCCAGUGUGGAGGAGGAGGAGGAGCUGGAAGAGGGAGAACAUCAGUUAAAAGGUGUAAUACUGAAUGGCAGAAGUGAAGAAGUGGAGAAGGAGCAGUGGGGAAAGAUGGAGAAAGAGGAAACAAGAAUCAGACACAUCAUCCCGCUCACCACAGAGCCGCCCGUUGGCUUCACCGAGCCCUCGUGGAACUGGCUGGGAACGACGACCACGGACUUGAUCCAGGUUUGUUCAGUUGUUCAUAAAUCUAACACAGAAGUCUUCUCUCUGGACAGUGUUCUCGAUGAGAUGGAGGAGGUGCAGCAGGUCGUGUGCAUAGACUGGAGCGAGCUGGUUGGACGAGGCUACGUCGUCCUCAACUUGACGCGAAACCUGAACUGUGAGGAGUUUCGUGUAGACUGGGGCGCACUUCUGUUGAGGAUCAUAGCGCGAGAGUUUGCUCGAAGAAUGAACAGCCCCGAGGAUUCAUGGGUACUCUACCUCAGCAAGCCGACACACCAGCAACGCCAGCUGCUGAUGAAUGUGGCAUCUGACCGUGGAGUGAUCGGCACCAAGGAGGUGUUGGGCAUGCUGGGAGAGAUCAGGAAAAGUUUGAUUGCGAUGGGCAUUGAGAGCUACAGUGCGGGCAACAGCUGCCAGCUGCGGCCCAGUCAAACCCGCAGCGACUACGGCAAACUGUUCGUGGUCCUGGUGAUCAUCGGCUCCGUCUGCAUGGUCAUCAUCACAUCUGGAUUCAUAUACAUCUGCUGGCAAAGACGACUGCCUGCGACUAAGACGACGUUCCGUGCUGAGGAACUUCACUUUGUGGAGAACGGUUGCCAUGACAACCCCAUGCUGGAAGUGGCCAACGACAGCCAGCCCGAGAUGCAGGAGAAGAAGCCGAGCACCAAUGGGCUUGCAGGGGGAGGAGAUGGAGGCGGGCAGGACAGCAAUCGCUGGCAGGUGUUUGUUAAUCAAGCAGCGACUGAGGAGGAAGAAGAGGAGCAGGACACGCACCUCUGA